AUGGAAGGGGUCCAGCCCCCAGAUGAGACUGUGGGGAACGCAGCCAAGCCAAGAUUCCAGAGGAGCAAGCUGCUGCUGGUGGCCUCUGUGAUUCAGGGGAUGGGGCUGCUCCUGUGCUUUGUUUUCAUCUGCCUGCACUUCCCCACUCCUCAGGUGUCACCUCAGUAUCCUCCAAUUCAAAGUAUAAAAGUACAAUAUACCAGAUGUGAGAAGGAGAAAGGUUUCAUCAUCACAUCCCCAAACCAGGGCGAAACCAUGACGGUGCAAAACAACUCCAUCAUCAUCAGCUGUGAUGGGUUUUAUCUCAUCUCCCUGAAGGGCUACUUCUCCCAGGAGGUCAACAUCAGCCUUCACUACCGGAAGGGUCGGGAGCCCCUUGUUCUGAGCAAGGUCAGGUCUGUCAACUCCAUCAUGGUGGCCUCUCUGGGUUUCAAAGACAAAGUCUACCUGAAUGUGACCACCCAUGACACCUCCUGCGAUGACCUCCAGGUGAAUGGUGGAGAACUGAUUCUCAUCCAUCAAAACCCUGGUGGAUUCUGUGCCCACUGA